AGGUUUCUUUUGUGGCUAGACUCUUAAACUCAUCAAUACAAUAUUGUAGUUAUUAACAGUUUCUGGGCUAAAAUAGAAAGUGAGAUUUUUAUUUUAAACAGGGACAUUGAGAGACGUGGGAAUAGCAGCUUACAUCAGACUCCAAACACCUGACUCACUUCUGGGCCGCAUGGGACAGACUUGACAUCCAUGUUUGAUGCGUUUACAUCGACUGUAUCCAUCUCCCUUCAUGUCUGCGUAUGUAUGUUUUUUUUACAUGACCGCUUAAGGGAUUGAUUUACAUCCAUUCUCAUCUGCAUCCCAUCCCCUGUGCAUUACUGUAGGAUGCAGCGUGUAUAUUUUGUGGUCGUGCUGAUGGAUGUCGGUGUGAGAAUGGGCAGUCAAGCGCCUGGAAUGAACAUAUUGAAUGGAAGCUCUGCCAGACGUCACCACAGGAAUUGAAUGAUAGGGUGGAGUUCUGCAUGGGUGGUUUCUCGAACCCUGUUUUUAUAUUUGAAAAUAGACAUUUUGUAGAUUACCGUUAGCGUAGCGUGCAAUUAGGGGUCCAUGCCGCCUUGCAAGAUGUCUCCUAUGAAAGUUGGUGUUUUGGGGAUUUUAGUGUAAUGUUUGCCACAAAGAAGGAUUUAAAACGUAUAGAGACUUCCUUGAAUAAAAGAACAAUGACUUUUAUGACAUCAUUCUCCACUUCAACUUCUCAUCAAAUUGCAGGCUCUGGUGUAUGUCAUUGGCUAUUUACUGUAUAUAAAAGUGGGAGGAGCCACCCAAUAUGUCCUGCCCUAUCCUUCACAUAUUAAGGCACUACAUUUCAGUCCAGCUUGGUAUAGAUUUCUGCUGAAAUAAACUACUUGUAAACAAACACUGUCCGUUUACAAAACGUUAUUCCACCUCAGACGCCAAACAAACAUGCAAUAUUAGCUUUACACAGAUUUUUUACACAGCAAAGUCUUAUAACCACGGCGAAAUAACCAACCCUACACGAAUACUAUGGCGACGUUGCUGCUCAUGAAUAUUAAGUAGAUCGUGAUGACGUCGCUCGGCCACUCGUCAACCGCUUGGCUGCUGAAUAUUAAUGAAGCUCUCUUGCGUUCUCGGAAUCUCUCCUAUGGCACAACCGAGGAUCUGAAUAUUAAUGAGAUAAAGUUGACGUUGCUUAGUAACCGCCCAAUGAGGAGAUAACGUAUGAAUAUUGCUGACAUGGCCGUCAUCUUAGUAGGAUUUGUAAACACUCCAGUCAGGACGAGGCGCAUCGCCUCAAACACAGUCCGUAUGUGCCGCGCAACCUGCCGGACAGUGAAGCCAAGUGUGUUGAACUUUACCGCUGUUCAGGUAUGAAGACCCCCCUGAGCACCACCCAGCUGGUCGCAAACGGACAUCUGUGCUUCCUACCGAACUGCGUGGAGGUUAAAGAACCCAGUAAUGCCAGCAGAGAUAUGCAGCUGCAACAAGAGAGGAAGAAACUGCUCUACUCCCUGUGCGAAGUCUGCAACAUCCAACUCCACUCGGCAGCCCAGGCCCAGGUCCACUAUAACGGCAAGUCUCACCUCAAGAGGGUUAAACAGCUAAAUAAUGGAGAGAUGCCCAAGGCGAGCGUCAGCACGGUUCCCCCUACUCUCCACUCUCUCACCAGCAACGGCAGUCAAGGAAGUUCCUGUCAUAGCAACACGCUCCCUACAUUGGUUCGGACUUCUUCUCUAAUGAUGCAGUCCACUCUGGAUAUGAAGUCUUUCAUGACCUUCCCCAUGGAGAGCUCCUCUCCGGUCGGCCUGUUCCCCAAUUUCAAUACGAUGGACCCCGUCCAGAAAGCGGUAAUCAACCACACAUUCGGAGUCUCCAUCCCUCCCAAGAAAAAGCAAGUUAUUUCGUGCAACAUCUGUCAGCUCCGCUUUAAUUCAGAUAGCCAAGCCGAGGCGCACUACAAAGGCAGUAAACAUGCCAAGAAGCUCAAAGCGCAGGAGACCACCAAAAAUAAGCAGAAAAGUGCUGCCGCCCAGGACUGCGGCGCUAAGACAGUCAGCAUCUCUACCACCACCAAUACCACCUCCUGCAGUUCUGUCACUGCCAGCUGCCCUGACCAACCAGAAAAAAGCUCUGAUCCCCCGGCUAUGCACAAAAGUCCCGUUUCACCGCAGGUCAUCGUGCCCGCUCCAACCCCGCCUCCGGUGCCGUUUACGCCCAGCCCUUGCAAGGCGGCACCCCCGCACGCCAGCCCACCCAGUGAGCCCUCAGGGCACGCGGCAGCCCUUAAGAACACCCCAAAACCUGCAGCUCUGCCAACGGCUCAAACAGAGAUCAGCGUAGAGUCUGAAGAAGAGAAAGCCAAGAAGCUGCUGUACUGUUCGCUGUGCAAAGUAGCUGUCAACUCUCUCUCACAGCUGGAGGCGCACAACACAGGUUCAAAGCACAAAACUAUGUUGGAGGCAAGAAAUGGAGCAGGUCCCAUUAAGGCGUACCCCAGACCCGGGUCCAAACUCAAAGUUCAAGCCACACAACUCAAUAAAGGCUCAGGCUUACAGAACAAAACCUUUCAUUGUGAAAUCUGUGAUGUUCACGUCAACUCAGAAAUUCAACUUAAACAGCAUAUCUCCAGCAGGCGGCACAAGGACAGAGUGGCAGGCAAACCAACGAAACCCAAAUUCAGCCCUUACAACAAGCAGCAGCGCAGCACCAACACGCUGGCAGCAAAACUAGCCUUGCAGAAUGACUUGGUAAAGCCCAUUUCACAAGCUUUCCUGUCCACACCGUUCUCAGCCACCACAGUCCCCUCCAUCUCCCUCCACCCGCGUCCAGGCACCUCCAUCUUUCAGACGGCAGCGUUUCCUCCCUCGUUUCUCCGGGCCGCACCGGGUCCCAUCCGACGCACCGCAGGCUCCAUCCUGUUCGCGCCUUACUGAGCCCCCAGGCACGGACGAGCCCGCCGGGUGGGAGGAGCUAUGCGUCUCAAACUAUGCCACGCUAUGUGCUGUUCUUCUGGAAACAAUGGUGUAUUUAUUGAAACGUUACCCUAAACUCUCCUCACCGUGGAAAACCCAGGAAGGAUGUCGUCUCUGUGACGGCUAUUGCAUUUGAAACAUUGAGUGUUGAACUGUUUCCUGAAAGACUUGAAUUAUCGUUGUCUUCCUUUACAACUGAACCAACAUCUUUGGAUAAGGCGUCGCCCAAAACGACACCAAACCUAACCAUGUAGGGCAGUAUGUGUUCAGUCACCGGAUUGAUGUUGUCAGGGACUCGUGCUGCAGUUUUGGCCUAUGUGCUGUCUUGUAUUGUGUUGUUGGUAAGCGCAGUCACCGGUGCUUCUAAGCUGUUCUUUCGUUUCCCUUUUUUGACUUUAUCAUCCUUUUAUCUGACAUCCCCCCAUGUUUUAUUUUUCUCAUAUAAGUAGAUUCAGUCUGUUUUUUAUGAUAAAAAUCUCUUUUCUUUAAUAGGAAACCCGUGGGCCUUUCAUCUUUCUGUGAUUUCCUUAUUUGCCAUGAGACUGUAAUACGUUGCAGCUCUCUGAUGAUGCAAUAAUGUAUAGAUCAUUAAAUAUUGAUAUUCGUCAUAGUGUAUUUAUUUACCUACCAGGUUGCAAUACUAGUAGAGUUUUAUGAGCUGGAAGAGGUACUCAGAGAAUUAGGUACGUCAUUUGGUACGUUAUUUUUAGAGUCUAAAAAAAAAGAAAAAUUUCCAUUCACUGACAAUUCUUUAUUUGGCUGGGGAAUUUCCUGCUCCAUAGUAUAUAUGUUUGUAUGUAUGAGAGUCUGUACAUAAAGAUACUACAUUUUCAAUAAAAUAAUAUAUUUCAAUGAUUUCGGACAUGA